AGGGGAGAGAGAAAAAAAAAGGGUUGGUCUUUUGGCUAGUUAACUUAGAGCCUAGCGGAGCUCAAGUGGAAAGUAUUUUCUAGUAGUGCAGAUGGAAAAAUUGAAGAGAGUAGUGAGCGAGAUAGCUUAUUCCCAUGAUUUCUCCAAACUCUCCCUACUUCAUCGUUCCCUUGUCCCAUUUCUCUCCUUUGCUUCUUCUAUCUAUAAUCUCUCUCUUACUACCCGCCAUUAUCUUUACUUUCUGGGUAUUUUUCGCAAGCACAGAUUGCCAGUGCCAGUUAUCAGUGUUGGGAAUUUGACUUGGGGUGGAAAUGGAAAGACUCCCAUGGUUGAAUUUCUCUCAUGCUGGUUUAAUAAUUCUGGGAUUUCUCCUCUCAUUCUUUCAAGGGAUUUUAUGUACCAGGGUUAUGCUGGGGGGGACGAAGUGAAAAUGCUUGAAAGGCAUCUUAUGGGAACAUCUGUGAAGGUUGGCGUUGGUGCAAACAGGGCCGCAACUGCUUCUUGGUUUCUUGAUAGAUAUGGCUAUAUAAAUUCUUGCACCAAUGCAUUCUUUGAGAAACUCCUUUCCGUAAACAAAGUUGAUACUGAUGCUACUUCAGACAAAAUUGGUGCUGCAAUUCUUGAUGAUGGAAUGCAGCAUGUGCGCUUGGAACGUGACUUGGACGUUGUGAUGGUAAAUGGGUUGACGCCAUGGGGAAACAAUCAACUAAUUCCCUUUGGACCUUUGAGGGAACCAUUAUCUGCCCUUGCAAGAGCAGAUAUUGUUGUGAUCCACCAUGCAGAUUUGGUUCCUGAGCCAAUUCUUAUGAAUCUCAAACGAAGGAUUCAAGACAUUAAAGAAUCUCUUCCUGUUUUCUUCAGUAGAAUGGUUUCCUCACACUUCUUUACUGUUCACAAUGUCGACACUAAGUUACCUUUAUCAGCAGUCCAUAGCAGGGUCGUACUAUGUCUCUCUGCAAUCGGCUCUCCAAAUGGUUUUGUGAAGUGUGUUGAGAAGCUAGGGCCAUUACAUGUUGAUCAGCUUCAUUACAGUGAUCAUUACAUGCUGCAGCCCACGGAUAUUUGCUUGAUGAGGAGGAAACUUGAAGAGCUCUGUCACAGUUUUGGUUCCCGACCUAUUGUUGUCACAACAGAAAAGGACUAUGAUCGGGAUCGUGAAAUUCUAUCGCAAUUGUGCCCUUUUGACGUUCUUGUACUCUGCUCUCAGCUACAAAUUGUCCCUCAUAAUGGAAGCUCAGAGAAAAGAUUCAAGGAGCUGUUAAAGCAACUCUUAGAUUCAAGAUCAAGGUGACAUUAAAGAAGUACGCAACCAUGAACUUUCAAUUUCUUAAAAUUGUAGGCUUGUAGUUGUAGGGGAGAUCUGUUACCUUUCUAAGGAGGUGUUUUUAUUUUUUUGAUGUUCUACAAUACAUCAAUAUGAAACAGUCGUCUUAGAUUUACAAUUAAGAAACUAUAAGUUUUGAACAAGAACAAGAACAAGAACAAGAACAAAAACUCGGCGAAAAAUCGAAAAUUACCUAUUGAAAUUCAAAGGGGAGGAAAUUAGACCUGAAGAAAUAAACAGCAUUUAGUUGAACGGAAAUAACUUAAAUACUCUCGAAUUAUUAAUUGACUUUAUGUUGUCAAAGAUGGUGCAGUUUAAUAUGACUUUUAGGGUAAUAGUAUGACUUUCUAAGUAUUUUAAGGUAUAAUGAUAAAAAUUAAUGCACAAUGUUGAUAUAAUUUGACCAUGUACCUCAAAUGUGGUGUAUAUAUUAGGGACCAAGGGAACAACAUUGCUUUUUUUCAAUGGCUUUGAUGGUAAGAGAGACGUUCAUAAUAUUUUUUUUUGUACAAAAGAUAACUAAAAGAGGAAAUUCAAAAAAGAAAACUUGCAUGAUCCUGUCCACAUUUUAAAGUACUUAACGCAUCAUUUGAUAUUUAUUUUUUUGAUUCGGUAAUUAACUGGUCAAGUAGGCUCAGCCCUUAUGAGUUAGGGGGUAACAAGGGGAUCCUAACCCAUAAGGAAACUUCUAGAGAAAUUUGGGGGUUAAUGAGAGUCGAACUCCCGACCAUAAGGUUGGGAGGUGGGAGCUCCAACCAUUGGGCUCCCACGUGAUUCUCACACGACGUUUUAUAUGAGGGAUAGGAAUUACGAGUGUAACUCUCUUCUCUCUUCCCUUCUUCCUACCCGUUGGCCGUUAGUGUAAAAUUGCACAUUUCUUCCUUUUCUAAUCCCUCCCCCUCAUACUACCCCUCCUAGGUAAGGAGAUGUUUUAUAUCUAUCGUUAUCCCUCCUCUAAUCACCAUCCCUCUAAGCGAACACAACACGUCGUCUGUUGCUUCGCGCUAUUCUCUAUCCCUUUAAACAAUCACGAAUCAUUCGAUAAAGAUUAAAAUUACACAAAUUACUCAAGUAAACAAAGUAUGUAAAAAUUCAAUUUGCUCAAGUAAAAAUGUUUUGUCAGACCCUCUAACAAGAAACUAAUAAGACACAUUAAAAGUUUUCAUGUCUUGAUUUAUCUGGUAAUUAACAUUCAGACUGUCAAAUAUAAGAAUUUGUGUAAAUCUUGCUAUCAAUUACCUUGAGGGUUAGAGAGACAUUAAUAUUUGAUUAUGCGAGAAAAAACACUAUUCAAAAAGGAUACAAUGAAACCUUCAUGGUAUACUACAUCACAUGGUAUGUUAUCAUGCUAUAGGUUCUGCAGUCUUCUCAUAUCUUUCCCUCUUCCUUUCAUCAAAAUUAAAUGCUUCAAUACCAUGCAAUAUAUAUCAAUGUGGUGUUUGUAACGAACACCGGGAAUUUAACUUCUUCAACCUAAACAAAGACAAAAUCCGGCAAAUGAUCGGGGGCGAGGAACAUGCGCCUCUUUCCAUUACAGGACUUCCUGUCGAAUACGCCUUCAAAUGGUCCCUUUGAUCCUCUUCAAAGUGUGUCUGUAUCUUCUUUGCAGAAGAUCUUCUCUCCGGAUGACUGCUCGAUUUCGUCGAGCUUUUUCUCUCCAAGUGCUUGCAAACUUCACCAUCACACACAACUUCCUUAUCUGAUGCAUUACUUUCUUGUUUGGACAUAAAACCAAAUAUAUUCAGGAAUGCAGGCAUGAUUCAGAUUGUAUGUUCAGGUGAAAUUUUUUUUGUUUGAUGGUUUUUAGAUUAGGGUAAUAAUUUCCCUUCUGUUGGGAGAUUAAUUACCCUGUUUGAAUUAUGACCAUCAACCUGAGCACAAAGAUUUUUUUCUCUUUAUGUAUUUUUUUUCUGUCUCCCUUAAUUUAAGCAUGGACUAGUUUUCUUUGUGGUUGUUCAUUGCCUUUGAAGAAAGAGAGUAUACAUAAUAAGCUUGACAUUUCUCCACAUUAUUAGGAAAACAUAUAGAUGUGAGUUGUUGUCCUUAAAUUGGAGUAAUUUGUCUAUUGUAGUAGUUAAAUUUACCACCUUCACAGUUCAGCAACCCAACCAAAAAAUCCUCCAAAAAAUCCUGUCCUUUUUUUUUUUGGGUGAACAACCAAGGUAUCCACCACCGAUAGCGGUGAUUAAUCCCCUCGCCUCGGGUGCUCCACUUAAGGGUAAAGGGCUGGUCAAGAAUCUCUUUCCAUUACCAAAGGUGGAAGAGCGAACCUCGACCAAUUGGUUAAGGGACAAAGUGAGCAACCACUAUGCCAAGACCACUUGGUUUAAUCCUGUCUUUUUACUCUUGAUAUAUCCUCUUAUGUUACAUUUUAGUGGUAAUCAAUAAAUAAAAUCUAUGAAAAGUAUAAUGUUCAUAAAUUAUGCCAUUAGCCAUAAGAUCCAUCAUAUAUUAAUAUACAUAUACAUCUUUGUGGUAGAUUCAUCAUAUUAAGUUAUACUUUGUUGAAUUAUAUAGCACAUAACAAAACUACAAAGAGAAUCCAUAUUAAUUAAGAUGUAACUAUAAAAACUCCAAUUACUUAAACAAUCAAAUUUUUUGUUAACUUCUCCAAACUAGUCAAAAAAUGUGAGUUAUAAAAGCACCUGAAUAUUUUCUCUAUUAAAUAUAAGUGUACAAUACGAAUUACAUUACUAAAUAUAUUUACUCGAUCAAUAUAAAAUUACACAUAAAUUCAUUUCCAUUCCACUAAUAUAUAAUCUUCUCCCAGACGACCUACAUAUCCGACCUAAGAGUGAAAAGAAAGAAAAAAAAAACAUCUACAAUCUCAAGCUUUUCUAGUUGAAAGACAACCAAGUGAAAAAAGAAGACUCAACUUAUCAUCCUUCUUAGCCAAAUAUC